AUGUCCAUCGUCAAGAUCACUCAUAGCAGCAUCAUGCAUGUCUCGUCUCCUCAAUCGACAGAAAAGAAAUCUCUUCGCCAGGAGGAACUCGAAAUUAUUUGCACAGUUAUGAAAAGCAUGCAGCCAAAAUAUGGUGGAUCUGAAAUGGUGCUCACAAAAAUCCAACGUCUAGAAAAGGAGGUCCAGGCUUCCCUACAGCGAUACCUCCAAGAAACAGGCGCAUCCGGCCUACCUGGAGAUGGUAUCUUACACAAUCCCUAUCAAUAUUUGCAGGAAUUGUUUCCAUUCCCUUCAACUAUGUGUACCCAUAUGGAUCUGAUUGGAGAGUCUGCAGAGUUCGCAAAAGAAGCGCUUGACGAACCAUUGGCGAUAGAUGAGGAGUGGGCUAGCUUGCUGAUUUCAGAAGGCCACAACUUUCUUGACCUCUUUGAACUCUCCAAUUAUGCAGCUCUGCCUCCAGAGUGA